AUGCAGCAAGUCACUUGGAACCAAAUUGGAGUGAAGGAAGGGAACAAAUUAUUGUCGCCUGCUUAUAAGUCCAAUGGGCUUGUUUUUACACUGGGUAACGUUGGGAACGAUGGGAGCGGACAAUUCCCUACUGAUGUUGCUGAGCAAACGGAACUAGCAAUUGCAAACUUGGCCAACACUUUGAAGAACCUGAACUCGGGCUUGGACAAGGUGUUGAAAGUUUUGCUCUUCAUUUCAAAUGGCGAUGACGCCAGCAAAGUGAAUGAGGUGUACAGCAAAUACUUUCCCCACCAACCUGCGAGAUCCUGCGUUAUUGUACAGUUCCCCAACAAGUCAAUCAAAGUUGAAUUGGAAUGUGUUGCCGAGGAAAAUAAUUAG